UGUGAGGAUCCCCCAGUCACCAGUUUCCUGCAUUGCAGUGGAGCAUAUUUAGGGUGUUUGUUCUGCAGUUGGAUGUAUCCUGUCCGUCUGUUCUGCUUCUGAGGUCUCUUGGCUCUCAGAGUGUAACUAUAUUCCGUGCCUGCGAUCACGCCCGUGGUAGUACUGCUAACUUUCCCACUGGAGGCCGGCCAGCAAUGGGCAGAGUUUCUGUGUGCUGUUUAAGACAAAUCUGUACCAAACGGCAAUGCGACACCCGUCCCUGGUUUUCACUCGCCUUUACUGCCCAGUAAAACUGAAAAAGGAGCUUUGCCUCCUGUCAUUUUGCGCGUUUCUGCUGUUUUUAUUGAGUGAGAAAUCUUUGCUUUGUUUGCUGUAGUUUUUACUGAUUAAAAGGGACUGCGUGGGCUCGCUUAGGCUGCGUUGCACUCAUGGGGACAGUGUGAAAGUUGUGGCUUUUUAAAGGCAAGGAGCUUGUUACUUAACCGUGCCACAAGCACAGUUAAAAUUGAAAGCAUAACGGUGCUAUAUUUACUCACGUUCUGCCAUGAUAGCCUCGUGCUGUAACACACACCAAAAAGUUAAGCUUGAAAUAUUGUUCCUUAUUUGCAUGUGGCGUUGACUUACAGCCCUAACACCAAACGGCGGCGUUUGUGUUGUCAUUAACUUUCCUGCUCCUUGUGCGAAUGCGCCGUGCGGUACGAUGUGAUUUAGAUUUAUAGCGGCGCCGAGUGUGCUCGCUGCCUCGGUCAGCUGCGCUCUGAUGGAAAAGGAGCAGCUGGGAAGGUGCUGUUUCAGGCUCUCACUGGCAUUAAAAAAAAACAACAGAACCCCCACUGGCUUAGAUUGGAGAGGGGGAACCGGGUCACGUGACUGCCACCAUCCUACCCCAUGUCACAGUAUGUAGGAGCGCUGAUUGCUCUUACCCAAUCAUGCCUGGAAUGCUGCUUGCCACUUGGGCUAUUUCUGCUAUCUGUCGCUAUCAGUGCUGCAGUGCUAACAGUUUGGCAGAUGGGACACUUUUUCUUGGAGUUUAUGUCUUUGGUUUUUAACUUCUGGCAGCGCCUGAAUUGUUGCCGUUCUCCCUCUCCUUUUCUUCUCUCUGUAAAACCAUGGCCCAUCGGCUGCGGUUUCACUUUGGCUCUGGACGAAGCAACACAGCCCCCGAAUCCGAGAUCCUCGACCGGGAGAGAGAAGAUGACUUUUUCAUGGCAUUCCACACUUUGCCGAGAAGAAGCAGCCCACAUGCUUUCUCCCGACACGGAGCAGAUUACGGCGGUGGCAGCGAUUUCCAAGAAGUGGGCUCCUUGAAAAGGAGCACCUCCAUGUUUAUUCCCCAGCUGCUGAACAGCAUCAGCGCGCGUCCCACAAGAAGCUCCUCGAUGCAGAUCUCUCUCCAGCGCAAGGCUGCAGAUGAGUGCGCGACCCCGGAGACCCCCGAGGAGACGCCCCUGUGCAAAGCCUCAGAUGUUAGGGAGCAUUACGCGUCCCCCGUUGAAAACCAUUCAUCCUCUCAGAGCAGCCCAGAGGUGACUCCUGAGGAUUCUCCACCCAGGCAGACGGAGGAGUUGGGGCAGCAGAUGAAUGGAACCCUUCGCUGUAACCGUAGGAUAUUCCGUACUAUUCCUCCUAAUAACCAGAGCGACGAUGCUCUGUCCACCACCCAUGAGAACGAGGCAAAGGAAACAGCUUCAGGUCUGAACAUCAGUGGCGUGAGGAUUCAGCAUCGUGCUUCGAGUGCCGAUGUGCCUCAGGUUACUCUGUUGCCCUUUGGUUCCGAGGCUCAAAAUAAUGCUCCCACCCCUGAGCCCCGGCGCUGGUCUCUGCAGCAUGUGCCAGACAUGUCAGCAAAUUCGGGGAAAAAGUUCUUUGUUCUCCAGUUACAGCAGUCGCAGGCAAGUGGUACAGGUGGUGAGUAUAACUUUGGCUUUACCGGGACAAAAGGGGACAGAUUGGUCAGGUACCCACGCAUUCAGCUGGAGAGGAGCGCUUCCUACCCCGUCCAACCACGGCCAGAGGAAAUCCACCCCGCAGGUGACGGACGGACUUCAGAACUGCAUGGAAACGCCAGGAGCGGGUCAGAAAUAUCCAGAAGCAAUUCAGUAGAGAAGAUUCCUCAAGGGAAGGGAUGCCUGUUUAAAAUCAGACCAGAUCAAAACACGAGGCAGCAGCACUUCCGAAUCUUUGUCACCCGUAAUCCCGAGGAGCAAAGUCCAGUUGUUGGUGCAGAGUGUUGUGGCACCCCUGGUCCUGCGGCAGCCAGCACCGCGACUAGAGACGACUUCCUGGGCCAGGUGGAUGUGCCUCUUAGCCACCUUCCGACUGAAGACCCAACCAUGGAAAGGCCAUAUACAUUUAAGGAUUUCCUUCUCAGACCAAGAAGUCACAAGUCUCGUGUAAAGGGUUUCUUGAGACUGAAGAUGGCUUACAUGCCUAAAAAUGGUGGCCAAGGGGAAGAAAACAGCGAUCAAAGGGAUGAGUCUGAGCACGGAUGGGAUGUGGUUGAUUCCAGUGACUCCGCGUCUCAGCGUCAGGAGGAGCUACCACCUCCUCCACUGCCUCCUGGGUGGGAGGAAAAGGUUGACAACCUGGGGCGGACUUACUAUGUCAACCACAACAACAGAACCACGCAAUGGCACCGACCAAGUUUAAUUGAUGUGGGAUCUGAUUCAGAUAACAACAUCAGACAAAUAAACCAUGAAGCAGCCCAUAGGCGAUUUCGCUCUCGAAGACACAUUAGUGAGGAUUUGGAACCGGAACCUAUGGAGACUGGAGACAUUCCUGAGCUUUGGGAAGCCAUUUCAGAGGAGGCGGGUGCAACUGGGGAUUCUUUAAGCUUAUUGUUGCCACCACCUCCUGCAUCUCCUGUAUCCCGUAGCAGUCCUCAGGAGCUAUCUGAGGAACUGAGCAGAAGGCUUCAGAUCGCUCCAGACUCUAAUGGGGAACAGCUGAGUUCUUUGAUUCAAAGAGAUUCUUCCUCAAGACUGAGAUCUUGCAGUGUAACAGAUACAGUUGCUGAACAGUCUCAAUUAUCUUUGCAGAGUGGUCCAUCUAGGAGAACUCGUUCUUCAACUGUCACAGGUGGUGAGGAACCAACGCCUUCAGUGGCCUAUGUCCACACCACUCCAGGCUUACCUUCAGGCUGGGAGGAAAGAAAGGAUGCAAAGGGCCGUACUUACUAUGUCAAUCACAACAAUCGAACCACAACCUGGACACGGCCCAUCAUGCAGCUUGCAGAAGAUGGCAUGGCUGGGUCAGCAGCAAGCAGCAGCAACCAUCUGAGUGAGCCCCAGAUCAGACGGCCCCGCAGCCUCAGUUCGCCCACAGUCACCUUAUCUGCUCCACUCGAGGGCAUGAAGGACUCCCCGGUGCGCAGAGCUGUGAAGGACACCCUUUCCAACCCGCAGUCUCCGCAGCCCUCUCCCUACAACUCUCCCAAACCACAGAACAGAGUUGCUCAGAGCUUCCUCCCUCCUGGCUGGGAGAUGCGGAUAGCACCCAAUGGCAGGCCCUUCUUCAUCGAUCACAAUAGUAAAACUACUACCUGGGAAGAUCCACGGCUGAAAUUUCCAGUGCAUUUGAGAACAAAAGCUUCUUUGAACCCCAACGAUUUGGGCCCUCUUCCUCCUGGUUGGGAGGAAAGGAUACAUUUGGACGGAAGAACAUUUUAUAUAGAUCAUAGAAGCCAGGUGUUGAUAUCUGGAGACACUGAUACCAGAGACUUAGUGCCCUCCUACGGUACUGUACAUUCACCAAAAGCUUGCUUAUAAUUGGCUCAUCAAGCU